AUGGAACCUCCCGCCUUGACCGAUCCACCUGCUGAAGAGGUAUUCGAAUGCACUUAUUCCCACUGCAACGAACGCUUCUCAACACUCAAGGAGAUGAAAAGACACAAGGUUCAUGCCGACAUGCACUACUACUGCAAGAAAUGCGACAAGGAUUUCAGCUCAGACCUGAAGCACAUCAUGCACCGAGUAAUCACCGACGACAAGCACAUUACAUGCCCCGAGUGCGGCUCAGAUUUCAAAUCCAAGGGUGGUCUCGCUCGUCACAUGGAGCUGAUGCAUCCACAUAAACAGGACAUCCCCUGCCUUGCCUGUGGUAAACGCUUGAGCAAGCCUUCCUUGAUUGUCAAGCAUGUAGAAGCCGGCGAAUGCAAGAUCGCACCCGAAGAGUGGCGCCUCGAGCGAGCUCAACGAGCUGUCGCAAAAGAGGCAUUCCUCCAGCAAUACAAUCAGGGCGCGGGCUCCUGCGUCUCCGGUGAGUCUGCGGCCAGCAACCCCAAUGGCGGUGUCUCAAUUCUCGAUCAAGCUGCUCCUGAGGCUAGAAGAGCCGAGGCAGUCACUCCCGAAGAUGUCAAACCAACCCUUCUGUCUUUGGACGAGAUGGCAGAGAAGCUGCCCAUGUCCGAGGCCCAAACGAGGGUAGGUGGUAGCCAGAUCAGCCAGUUCAGCUCCCAGUCCUGGGAUGACAAGCCUAAAUCUUCAGACGUUGGAUCCGCUAACAACUCUCACCAGCCUGCAACCUUCAAGCUUUUAGACUUCUAUUGUCCGAUCCGCGAAAUCUACAUCUGCACCGGCGCCAACUGCGGCCAGACAUUCAAGGAGGAAGCGGAAUUCCUUGCUCACCUAUCUGGUCCCGCUCACGUUGGCGGCCGUGUCACAUGCCAAUUCUGCUUGAAGACUUUCGCCAACAACUAUGCCCUCCUCAGCCACAUGGAAAGUUCCAGUCGCAAAUGCGCCAUGCGCAACAGUGUCAACUAUAACCAGGUGCUGCGCGACGUGACUGCGGGUCUCGUCGGUACGGGCGGUCACUUUUCAGAUGGCCAAGUCAAGUACAUCUUCCCAAAGGAUGAGGGCUGGAAAGCUUAG